AUGUGGACCGAUGACACUGCUCAUUCUGCAACCAAAGUCCCAGAAGGAAAAGGCGACCGACUAAUAAUUUGUCACGCGGGCACAUCUAACGGCUUCGUACAAAUCAGUCUUUUGGCAUUUAAAUCUAAAAAAACGGGGGAAUAUCAUGAAGAUAUGAACGCGGAAGUAUUCACGGAGUGGUUCCAAAAUAUGCUGAAUAAUUUAGAAGAACCAAGUAUCAUCGGAAUGGAGAAUGCAUCAUACCACUCCGUGCAGUUAAAUAAGCACCCCACUAUGUCUAAUAAGAAAAGUGAAUUAAUUGAAUGGCUCAAGGCUAAUAAUAUCGAAGCUGGUGAAUCUAUGUUAAAGGUAAAACUAAUAAACUUAGUGAAAUUGAACAAACCCCAAUCGCCAAUAUAUAUAUUGGAUGAAAUGGCACGAGUAUGUGGUCAUGAAGCCUUAAGGCUGCCACCGUACCACUGCCAGUAUAAUGCAAUCGAACUGAUUUGGGCUCAAGUUAAAGGAUACGCGGCCCGAAAUAAUACUGCCCCACCAUUUACAUCAACGAAAAUGAUGAAGUUGUUGGAGGAGGCAUGUAAUAAUGUCACUGCUGUAGACUGGAAAAAUGUGGUCGAGAAAACAAAAAAUCUUGUGCUGCAUGAUUGGGAAAGAGAUGUAAACAUUGAUAAAUUUAUAGAUUCUCAAUUAAUAAUAAAUGUUAAUGACGAAUCAAGUGAUUCUUCAGAAAAUGAAUCUAUUGUAAAAAUGGAGGAAGAAUAA